UUAAACGUUAAACUAAAUCGGGCGAGCCUCUUCAGAUCGAGCACCUCGCAUACCUUCGCCCCCUCCCCUGAAAUCCACAAAAGACCCGCGAUGGCUUUGCCACGGAGACCGGGGGCGCUCACCGACCGCACGUGGCCGCGGGGAGUCAGAGUACAGAUCGCUUCCCGCCGCGCGGUGGGGCGCGCCGCCGCCCCGAAGUCCCAGCGCGGAGCCCGGCCCCGGCCCUGGGCACCCCGCACCCUGAUCCUGGUCCUGUCCUGUCUCCUGGUGCUGGUCCCAGUGGCCUCAGCCACAGUCAUAGAGCCGGACAGAGUUCUCCAGCAACCAGCUGCCAGCCUCCCAGGGAAGUGUCCUAAAGGAUCCUAUCUCUCGGAACACAGCAGAACUUGUAUAGAAUGCACUGAAGGAGUGGAUUACAACAGUCAUCCCAACAGCUUGUCUUCUUGCCGACCCUGCUCUAAAUGCCCUCCAGAUAAAGUAGAAACAGCUCGGUGCACCAGGACGAGGGACACCCAGUGUCGGUGCAAGAAUGGCACUUACCAGGAUAAGGAUUCUCCUGAGUUCUGCCUACCGUGCAGCCCUCGGUGCCCUGAUGGCAAGGUCAAGGCCAAGGCCUGUGGCCCCUCGAACGACCUUGAGUGUGUGGACCAACAAUCAGGUACCCAGGACCAUGGGGAGGCCCCAGUUCCUGGAGAGCCAGUGACCACCAGCCUGGAGGCACACACUGCUGCUCCCUCUCUCUCCUCAGGCAUACCGUGGUGGGGGAUCCUUCUUAUCUGCAUCUUGGUGUUUCUGGUGCUGGGCGUAUGUUGUUGCAGGAGCUGUAACCUUCGAGGUUCCGGAGCGGCCACCAAGAGCAGGAGCAGAGGCUGGUUUUGUUUCUCACGAACCCCAGAAGACCCUGAGGCUCUGGACAAUGCCCACAACCUGGCCAUAAGCAACAGAGACUCGCUGUCCUCUGAGCAGGAACAGGAGGAGCUGGCCCUGGUACAGCCCGCAGGAGAAGCACAGCAUCUACUGGGACGGGCAAGCGCAGAUGGGUCUCAGAUGAGAAGGAAGCUGCUGGUUCCAGCGAACAACGAGAACCCCCUAGAAACCCUGAGGGAGUGCUUCUAUGAAUUCUCAAAGUCCGUGCCCUUUCCUCGCUGGGAGCCAUUCAUGAGAUCGGUGGGCCUCACAGACAAUGAUAUCUUCAUCGCCAAAGCACAAGCGUUAGACCCCGGGGAUGGGUUGUAUCAAAUGCUGACCUCCUGGCUCAACACCAAGGGGAAGGCUGCCUCAGUCAACACCCUACUGGAGGGCUUGGAAAAACUGGGGGAAAGGCAUGCCAAGGAGAGGAUUGAGGACCACCUGGUGAGGUCCGGAAAGUACGUCUAUGAAGGAGGUGAAGCAGGUCCUGCUGUUUCCCAGUGAAAAGGUCUCUCUUUUGGAGACCAAAGCUUUCCUAGUUUACCUUUUCUCCUGAAAAAGAAAUAAGACUGGACACUAUAUGCCUGGCCAGUGCGGCUCAGUGGUUGAGCAUCAAUCUGUGAAUCAGAAGGUCAUGGUUCUAUUCCCUGUCAGGGCACAUGCCCAGGUUGCAGGCUAGAUACCAGCUGGGGCUAUGUGGGAGGCAGCUGCUCGAUCUCUAUCCCUUUCCCUUCCUCUCUGACAUCAAUUAGCUUGGAGAAAUUUCUCUUCAAAUUGGCUCAUAGGCCAACAAAUGCUCAACCUCUGAGCCACACCAGCCAGGCCUGGCACUUUUUCAUUCUAAUAGACUUCCACUUUUUUAUACUUGUUAUUUAAUGUUUUGUAUAAUCUAACUGUGUUGUUAUGUGUCCAGCUACUUGCCUAACUGUGAUAGGGCUCUUUUUUAUUUUUGAAAGUUUGUUCUUGUAUUAUUAUUAUUGUUUAUUAUUGUAUUAUUUUCUGUAAACUUAUUUUUACCCCACCCUGUAUAUAUUUGUAUGUUUAUGAGUAUGGAAAACUUUUUGGAAAUGUAUUCACUAGGUUGAUCUCAUGUGUUAACCUAAAUGGGAGAAGGGAACAAAGUUGCAAAGGAAUCACCGCACCUCUGGGGAUGGUGCUAGUGGCUCCCAGCUCCCUCAGAGGCACUUUGAGCUUGUCCAACUUCUCCAGCAGGGUGGGGAACGUCCGGCCAGACCAAAUGGUUUUUAAGGCCAGAAACACCAUUUGGUCUGGCCCUGCCAAAGGCAACCACAAGUGGAACUUGAAAUUCAAGAAAUCUAGUUUUUUUCAUAGCAACAUAAAUUUAUAUUAAGCAGAUCGUAAUAAUAAUGUACAUUUUGAGGGACAAGCAAGAAUGUCCACUACAGGACGUUCAUAAAAUAUACUUUAAGUACACCGCAAAGGUUCUAGAACAUUCCAAGUGCUGUAGGCAUUUGGAUGAUAGAACUUCCUCAAGUACUGGCAGCUUUGUCCAGGGCAGUAUCCAGUACAUGACGGGACAGACAUGUAUGCUUCCCGUCGGCUGCCCCUGGUCUGUGUGCCGGUAUUGCGGUGACUCCGAGGACAGGCAGCGCCGGGCAGCCUGGGAGUGUACGGCUGUGAAAGUGUUAACACACUGUGGCAAAACUACUGCGACCCAGUGAUGAUGAGACGGGGUGCGAUGAGAUGAUUUCUCGCGACAUGGAUCACCUUGCCUCUAAUAAUUGACAACGAUGUUGUCGACUUCUUUGCUGACACAGAUGACAGCUCCAAUCCAACCUUUAUCCACAUGUCCACGAUCAACAAUUCUCAAAAAACCCCAAAACUGAAUCUCAGGGGCAGAUUAAGGACAUUCCAGUACAAAGAAAAGACCUCUAGAGCCGAUGAUACAAAUGCUGGAUAUGUUUCAAGUCCAAGAAGCAAGAUUAGAACAGCGAUCAAAGCAAAAUCAUUGUGUUGCUGGCGACACACCCACUGGAUAGUUAUGGAAACUUAAGGGUGUGACGUCCUACAAAUGGCGACUACAAAGAAAAGGAAAGUUAACGCAGAGUGUUACGACAGCGGACAUAACAGGCAUUAUCCAACGGGCCGUUUUCGUUCGUGGGAUAACUGCAGAGUUGGACACGGGAGAGGGACUGCUGUCAGUGGAAGCCACGCAGGGCACUACACGAGGGGAGGACUUGUUUGAGAGACUGUUUUAGCAAUGAAAAAUGUUGAGCUGACAUUCGAAAAGUUAAGAGGCCUCCUUAUAGAUGUAGGAGCUGCAACCAUGGUUGAAUUGCAUCCGUCAAGAAAGAACUGAACUGUCUCAGUCUUGAUCCAAGUGAUUUAACUAUAAGCCACUGCAUCAGACACCAAGAGUCUCGGUGCACAGUGGGUGCGGCUCAACAACAAUAUGUCAACAGCAGUGUCAUGCAUACGUUUUGUCAAAAGCAGAGGGUUUAGCCUUGGCCAGUUUUCCUCAGUGAUUAGAGCAUCGGCCCGCUGAGGGAACGGUCAAGGUUUUGAUUCCCAGUCAAGAGCAUGUUCCUCAGUUGCAGUUUCUUUCUUUUUUCUUCAGUCCUCACCUGAGGAUAGUUUUCCAUUGAUUUUUAGGGAAAGUGGGAAAGAGAGGGAGAGACAAGAGAGAAAUAUCGAUGUGAGAGAAACACAUCAAUUGGUUGCCUCCUGCAUGUGCCCCAACCAGGCCUGGGCCAGGGAGGAGCCUGCAACUAGGUAUGUGCCCUUGAUCGGAAUCGAACCCGGGACCCUUUGGUCCAUAGGCCGUCGUUCUACCCACUGAGCAAAACUGGCGAGGGCCCUCAGUUGCAGUUUCAAUUCCUGGUCCUGGUCAGGGUGCGAGAGAGAGAGGUAACCAAUAGUUGUCUCUCUCUCUCUCUCCCCACUCACCCCUCCCUUCCACUCUCUAAAAAAAAUCAGUGGGAAAAAAAUAUCUUCACUCCAUGGGUGAGGAUUUAAAAAAUAAAUUAAAAAAAAAAAAAAAGCAGAGGGUUAAA